AAAACGAGUAAGCGGAAGAUAGUCCGUCCAGGCUUUCUAAUUCGGGGGUGUAAUUUCUGAUAGGAGACAAUAUUUUAUCUUCUCAAGCGUGCAUUAGAUGGCCAAAGUGACGCCAUAUUCUAUCUAUAUAUGACCGCGCAAGUGUGGCACUUUGGUUAUUAAUCGUGGGAAACACGCAACGGAUUACAAAUACUUGUGCCGUAUUUGUUGCUUUCCAGUGUUUCUCUCAGCAUAGGACGAUGGAGGCUUUCGUGAAGGCGCCGCCGUGUCGUUGUUCAAGUUUGGCAGUCGGAAUGAUGGCAGUGAUCUUAUUAUUAUUAGGAGGAUGGUGCAGGGAAGCCAAGGGUCGGGUGAAACUGCCGCCAAAUUUGAUAAUUCCGGCAGUGUUCGUGUUAGGAGACUCCAUCAUGGACACCGGCAACAACAACGACCUGGUCUCGCUGGCUAAGUGCAAUUAUCCUCCUUAUGGUAGAGACUUCAAAGGAGGCGUCUCCACCGGCCGCUGUUGCAACGGAAAAGUUCCUUCUGAUUUGAUAGUUGAGGAACUGGGAAUUAAGGAGCUGUUGCCGCCGUAUAAGAAUCGAAAUCUCAAGCCUCAAGAUCUGCUCACCGGAGUCAACUUUGCCUCCGCCGCCGCCGGAUAUGAUCCUGUCACUUCCCGAACAGCAAGAGCGACAGCAAUGACGGAUCAAGUAAAAGAGUUCAAGGAUUACACGGAGAAGAUAAGAGGGAUGGUUGGAGAGGAACGAACAAAGUUCAUAUUGGAGAACGGUUUGGUUCUGGUGGUGGCGGGCAGCGACGAUAUAGCCAACACAUGUUAUGGUGCUAGCACCAGGCAACUCCAGUACGAUGUUCCCGCUUACACUGACUUGAUGGUCAACGCUGCCUCCGACAUCGUCAAGGGAUUGUAUGAGGAGGUGGGGUCAAGAAGAAUAGGAGUAUUCGGGGCGGCUCCGAUUGGGUGUGUGCCGUCACAGAGAACCCUAGGCGGAGGAAUUCAGAGAGAAUGUUCAGAAAAGGAAAACGAAGCAGCCAAGUUAUUUAACUGCAAGCUGGAAAAGCGCUUGGAGGAGCUGGAACACCGUCUUCCCAAUAGCACUCUCCGUUACGUUGAUAUUUACAACCCUCUACUUGAUGUCAUCAUCAACUACAAAAAAUAUGGUUAUAAAGUGCCGGACCGGGGAUGCUGCGGGACGGGCAUAAUAGAGGCGGCGAUUCUGUGCAACCGAUACACUCCAACUUGUCCAGACAUUCAAAAUUAUAUAUUUUGGGACACUUACCAUCCCACCGAAGCAACCUACAGAAAGCUCAUUCCUCCCCUUCUUCAAAAAUACGCCGAUGACUACUCCCGCGAAAACGCACUAGAGCAUUAAGCCCUUAAAUCAGAAACUAAAGCUUCCGAAAUACAAUCUGGAGGAUUCGGGAAAAAAAAAAAAAAAAACACAUCACCUUCAUCCUGCGCCAAUGCUUUCGUUGCAAGAAUGUCAGCAACACAGUUAGCAUCUCGGCUGCACCAAUUCACCUUCACAGUCCACUCUCUUCCCAACAUUCCUUGAAUCUCUGCUAUUAGACAACGGUCAGGAUGAUUAGAGCAAUAUUCGUCUCUUAGCACUUCCACCACCUCCCAGCAAUCAGUUUCCAUUUCCACUCUCCUCCACCUUAGAUCCCAGGCCCGUUU